AUAUUCAAUGGCCAAUUAUUCCACUGAUCGAUGGCACGAUAAAUAACAGUUCUCUUUAAAGCAUUUGAUUUUGGGCGUGGUAACAUCAUCAGGCCAUCAUCCGCAGACCUAGUCACAUGAGAAUGUACCUGGUCAUACCUAACAAUUUGGUUAUAUAAAAAAAACUGGUUUAAGAAAAACUUAACUGAUAUGGGGGCAGGAUUUGAUCCACGGCACUGGAUGGAUUCUGCUGACUGGAGAGAUCCUUCUGACAGAGACGUGGAUAAUCAGGAAGCCUUGCUUCAUAGACAGGGCUUGUGUUACGGGAAGUAGGGUCAUUACACUAACAAGGAUCGAGGCGGCCACAGGGGUUAACAGCAUUUGGACAUAAUUGCCAUAAUUAAUAAAACAAUGUUAGAGAAAAGUGAUGACCUAAUCAGCGGACAUCCAACUUGUGCACAAAUUAAAAUAUUGAACGAGAUAGAAGAAUAUGGACAGUAUUUAAUUACUUUAGAAUUAGCUUGUAAAGGAUGAUAAAAAUGUGUUGUUUUUAAUAACAUUAAGUAACAGCAUAAGUUACAGUUGUGUCGUCGUUAUUGUUAAACAACCUUUUUAACCAGGUUAUAAUAGGCCAGUGGUAUAGAACGAAUACAGGCUCAUCAAAUAGGUUCGAGGGCGCACAGCCUAUCACGACCGGAGGGAAGAUUUUGGGAAGGUAUUUGCGCCUCGGGACACUUCACAAGUCUCCAUAUCCACUGACAGGAGUUGUAGGCUACUGACUGUCGUGCUCGGUGAUUUCUCUGGCUUCACCAUCUUCGUCCCCAGAACGCGAGAUAAACGCACAGACUGGAUGGACACCGUCAGCGCCUCGAGCUCAGAGUCGACAGAUUCCAGUAAAACAGUAAGUCAUUUGAUCGAGAACUAUGAAGAUGUCGGAUUUGGUCCGCCUGGGAAACUACCUAAUGAGCCACAGUCUCCAGGCUACAUAUCCACUGCUUUGCUUAGUUUUGGAAACGCAGUCGCUUUGUGCGCUUCGCCUCGUGCCUCAUUCACCACCAGUUCCAUGUUCAAAGAUUGUACUGUCAGCGAACAGUCAUCAAUAAUCACCAAAUCGUAUUUUGACCGGUCUGACUCAGUGUCGUGGACAGAGAUGUGUGAUAUAAGUCGAGCUAAAGAAUCCAUGGUACCGCAGCUGGUCUCAGCAGCGAACUUGACACCAAGUUUAAACAGCGCAAAUUUCCACAUCAAAGAUGAGAAAGAGCCGUCACAAAUUAUGAAAAGUCCGGAGUUUGACUUGACGACCAACAUCCCUUCCCUAGGCACCCGUUACGACCCUGACAGCAAACAACAACAGUUGAGGUUUAUGGAUGAUUCUGCGUCGUCUUUCUCACCCUCGGGGUCUGGACAACAGCACAAACUGGGCCUAUUGGACAGUUCUCCGAGAUUUCUAGACUUGAAUCAGAACGGCCAGAUGUCGACCGUUUCCCAAACCAGGACCGACUCGCGAGUUGUACCAAAUCACCACGGUAAGGGCAUGACAAACUUCGACGCGAUGAGCAGUAGCGGACAGGGUCCGCCACAGCAUUUGAUGAUUUAUAGAAGUGAAAUGCCCAGAUGGUCCAUUCAGACAUCUCCAACACAGUCCCCGUUUUGGUGCCAGUCCACCGGGGUCUCCGAGGACCAGUUCCCGCAACAUGGCUACCCGUCCCCCGAUGGAAUUCACACUUCUGCCCUUUUACAGAGGUCUCCGACUUACACUGGAUACGGCGGUAUUCCACCACAUAGACUGUGUAUGAUCUGUGGGGAUGAGGCCUCUGGUUGUCACUACGGGGUCCUAACAUGUGGAAGCUGCAAGGUGUUCUUUAAAAGAGCUGUUGAAGGGCAUCAUAAUUAUCUAUGUGCUGGUCGAAACGAUUGCAUUGUGGAUAAGAUACGGAGGAAGAAUUGCCCGGCUUGUCGCCUGCGAAAGUGUUACCAAGCUGGAAUGAUGCUUGGAGGGCGGAAACUGAAGCGUUUUGGUGCCCUGAAGGCCAUGGGUCUGGGCCCCUCUUUGAUGUUCCAGAGCCCCAUGACGUCCCUGGGGGAGGUUCAGACCCUGGCCUCAGUAUCCUGUGUGCCGGGGUUUCAGCUCUCCCCUCAGAUUAUCAACAUUCUGGAGAGCAUCGAGCCUGAGAUGGUGUACUCUGGCUACGACAACUCCCAGCCUGACAUGCCCCACCUCCUGCUGAACAGCCUGAACCGGCUCUGUGAGAGGCAGCUCCUCUGGAUUGUACGCUGGUCAAAGUCACUGCCAGGGUUUCGGAGCCUUCACAUCAAUGAUCAGAUGAGCUUAAUCCAGUACUCCUGGAUGAACCUUCUGGUGUUCUCUCUGGGAUGGAGAUCCUUCCAGAAUGUCACCAGUGAAUACUUAUACUUUGCCCCUGAUCUGAUCCUCAGCCAAGACUGCAUGAGGAGGUCUCCCAUCUAUGAGCUGUGUUUGGCCAUGCAGUUCAUUCCCCAGGAGUUUGCCAGCCUCCAGGUCUCCAAGGAGGAGUUCCUCUGUAUGAAAGCCAUUAUGAUACUCAACACUGUUCCUCUGGAGGGUUUGAAGAGCCAGGCUCAGUUUGAGGAGAUGAGACAAAACUACAUCAGGGAGCUGACCAAGGCCAUCCAUUUGAAGGAGAAAGGCCUGGUGGCAUCUUCCCAACGUUUCUACCACCUCACCAAGCUCAUGGACGCCAUGCAUGAGAUUGUGAAGAAGGUGAACCUGUACUGUCUGAGUACCUACAUCCAGGCAGACGCCAUGAAGGUCGAGUUCCCUGAGAUGAUGUCAGAGGUCAUCUCCUCACAGCUCCCCAAGAUCCUGGCCGGCAUGUUCAAGCCCCUCCUCUUCCACCACAAGUGACCAACCAGUGGAGAGGACCAGAACAACCCAAUCAACCCUGGGGAGGACAGAUUAUACCCACUGGGGAAAAACACAUUGAAUUCACUUUCUAGAAACGUCAGCAAAUGUCACUUGGAUAUCAACAACCUGUUGAUUGGAUGUGGCUCUGUUGACUGGAUUUGGCUCUGUUGAUUUGAUGUGGCUCUGUUGACUGGAUUUGGCUCUGUUGAUUUGAUGUGGCUCUGUUGACUGGAUUUGGCUCUGUUGAUUUGAUGUGGAUCUGUUGAUUUGAUGUGGCUCUGUUGAUUAGAUGUGGUUGAAAUAUCUUUCAUUUGAAACUAACGGACAAUGUUAUUGUGGAGACUUUCAGAAGCUAUUAUUCUAGGGUUCUAUUUCUUUUUGUGUCAGAGUUAUUCACACGCUGAGGUCAGGCUGACCAAGAUGAAUGUAAGAUUUUACAUUUAAAACUACAGCAGUUGGUCUCCUCAGUUCCCAAAUGCUUACAGAGUUUUGUUAACAGAAGAG